AUAGUGAACAUAAUACACAGAAACCAGUUAAAAUUUUGUCUGAUGGAAUUUUGUGAAUUUGAGCCUAGAACUUUUGAAGAUAAAUAUUUGAGAUGUGUGGGAAAAUUGCGUGAAAAUUUGGGAAAAUUUCGCUUUAAGUGUUGUAUGACCGGAUUGAGAAGCGCAGAGAAAUGGAAUUCGUGCUCUCACCCACCGUCAUCUAGCUCUGACGCGUCAGUCUUGCGGCGUCCGCCCCGACGACAACACGCUUUGCUGAAGACCCUGAAUUUACUGAAGUUUCCUCGUGAUUUAGCGUACAAUCUCAGUGGCAAUUAAUAGUACCGGUGGGAGUGAAAUACUUUCCACGGAGAAAAUUAAUCUACUUUGUUUACCUCUCAAUGGUAAAAAAUAAAUAAAUAAAAUCCACAGAGAGAUAAAAUGCGAGUGAGAUUGUUGCAGGAGUAGCUGGUGGGGUAGAAAAGACGUUCGGAUUCCUCGUCUUUUGAACUCUUGUGCAAAUGAGAAAAAGUGUUGUGCUUUUUUUGUAUAAUACACCCGCAGAAUGAAAAUUAGUGAGCGCUAGUUUGUAGCCAGAGUGGAUAAGUGGGUGAGGGGUUGAGAGUGUGUUUACUGAAAAUAUUCAAGCUACCCCUCUUCAAAUUGCCCAGCUUCUAGUGGCCUGAGAUUUUGCUUGAGGGUGCUUUUAAUUGUGCUUCUGGUGGCGGAAGGUGUGUAAUUAUACUCGCCUAGCAGUGAAAGGAUUAGAAGUGGCACAGGUUGACUAGGUUGUGCUUGGGAUUUACUGAGACGGGGAGAUGAAACAGAAUUUAGGAGCUUUUGUCCUGGGACUGUGGCUGAUGUGGGGUCGCUUAGUGGGUGGACAGACGACCGUCGCGGCGUCAGUGAAUCCAACCACUUGCCACACCGGCGACCGUCUGGCCGUCUACAGGGUCGUCUUGCACACCUACUGGACGCGGGAUCUCUUUCCCAAGCACUUCCCAGACUGGCGGCCGCCAGCGCAGUGGACAAUAACCAUAGGUCGUACACAUACACCGCACUGGCGCCUCUUUCGCGAGGGUGAACUUGCGUCGGCGGGUGUGAAGCAGUUCGUGGAGACGGGUCGAAGUGACCUUCUAACUGAUGGUCUGGAGGAGAGUGUCUUUGAUGCCUUUACAUUGCCAGCCAUUGGGAGUGGAAGUGGUCGCAGCGAAGGAAAAUUCUUCGUGGAUGCCAAUCACAGUGCUGUGUCACUCAUAACGAGGAUAGUGCCAUCACCGGACUGGUUCAUUGGCAUUGACUCCUUCUCAUUGUGCUCUGGAGACACAUGGAUUGAUAGUGUCACAGUGGAAAUGAAUCCAAUGGAUGCUGGAACGGAUAAUGGAUUCACAUUCACUGCCCCGAAUUGGCCGACAGAGCCACAGGGUGUGAUUUAUCGCAUAACAGCUCGAUAUCCCGCACACCCGGCUGGAAGCUUUUUCUACCCGCAGAGUCCUCGUCUCCCACCAAUUGGAACAUUUCAAUUUAUUAAACUGAAGGAGUACGAACUAAGUGAAGUCUUCAAUCAUGAGGAGGAUGAUCGUAAAUAUGAAACUGUGGCGGUGGCCAAGACACACUUGAACUCAGAGAAAAAUCAUGUGGAAAUGAAUAAUGAGCUGUCGGCUAACAUAGAACGUGAGCGCCAAUAUGAGGUGUCACCGUUGCCCAGUAUUUUCACCGAACGCGAUCGAAUUCGCGCCAAAUUGCUGGCGAAACUCAAUCCCAAUAACAAUAGCACCAGCAGCAACACAUCAUCCACUGUAAUUCCGAAGAAUGACAAGAAAGCUCUUCUCAGCAAUAUCAUUGAUAGCUAUGCUACAACAGUACCCUCACGAAGUUCACGUAAUCGUCGGAUUAAGGUACGUCCAAGACGCGAUUGUCGCGUUAGUCAUUGGUCAGACUGGAGCGCCUGCAGUAAAUCUUGCGGAAUCGGUGAGAUGCAUCGACGACGGCGGGUAUUGAAGCCAACAAGGCGUGGUGGUCGUCCCUGUCCUCCACUUCAGGAGUCCAAGUGGUGUGGAUCAGCCCGUGACUGCACGACACAAGAUGACUACUUUAAGUGGUGAAACUAACUCUGCAGUCACCCAAAAAUCAUCCCUUAAACAUCAACAUCCACUGAGAGAUGCACUAUUGGUGCAAAACCCAUGUGGAUAAUAUCAGUGUGUUUUCCCUUUGGAUCAUCUUCAUCAUCCCAAAGAUUGUCCCCCAGGUAAGAUUACUGGACAUGGCAUCCCAAUACACGAUUUCUCCCCCCCCCCCCAAAGAUACACUGUCUGUAAUAAAUGUAACAAUGGCGACAAUAUUUGUGCAAAAUGAGGACAAAAAGUAAGAAUGUAUGACGAAAUACUCAGUUUUCUCCUCGAAGAACAAAAAAAAAAUUAAAAUAAUGUAAUAGAGACGAAGACAAGUACACGUUUCAUCUUAUGAUGUUGAGAAGGAGGAAAAAGAAGAAAUUCUUCCAAUUAUACUCUUUAGCUCACUUUAAAAUAAAUUAUUUAUUAAAUGUGAGAAAUUUUUGGUACGAACGAAUAACAGAAGACAUCUUAUUAGGAGAAAGGAAAGGAACAAGAAUGCUUUAUUCAAAUUGUUCCAUAUUUGAACAGAGUUGCAAAAAAAUGUGGUAAGUACUAAGUUUACAGAUUAAAGAUUUAACGAUUUUUAGGCUUUUAGAAAACUUUUGAGAUUACCGAAAUGGUUCGAAAUACGAAGAUACGAAGAUACUAAGACCGAAAAAGUUACAGAUGGAAUAUGAAAAAUAAUUCCUGAAGAAUAAUUUUACAAAAAAGUCAUAGAAAACGUCUUAACUUUUGAAGGAAUUUAGAAGACGUUUAGUACCGUAGACACUGGUAACUUUGGCUUCCGGGAGUGCCUUUGCUGCCCUUUUCUUCGUAAGCUUUUCUUUAAUUCUAGCACUUAAGGAUGAUCUUUUCUGUUGGUGAAAGUUUCAUUUUGCUAUUUCAGGACAAAUUGUUCUUACGAUGCGCCAGACCGACGCUGACCCGAAUGACAAUUUGUCCUGAAAUAGCGGGCUUCAUCGGUUCUAUUCACCAUGUCCGAUUGAUAAAGACCAUCCUUAAAUGUUAGAAUUAAAGAAAAGCUUACGAACAGCUGAGAAGCAAUAUCAUCUCCGCAAUGCAGUCAGCCACAUCUACUGUACCGUUACAGAGAAACUUGCUCGAUUGAAUAAGUCUCAUAAAAUCAAUCUGCUCUGGAACUUUUAAGUUGCCCCAGAAGCCCCAGCUCUAGAAAUAACCUUUACACCCUUGUUCUUCUGGUUCUUCUGGUUUUCGAUAACCUAUCAUCUACAUUCAGACCUUCUUUUUAGACCGUUGUGCAGGAACCCUUACCGUUAAUACCCCUUGAUUAAGGGUCUUGUACAUCAAGCUAUCUAGUUUCUUUUGGAUAAACUCCAUUCGAGAGCCAGGGUUCAAUUUGUGUAAACCUUCUUUUAUCAAUUUAUAGACAGUGUUCGCGGUGAAACCAUGCAUGCCGUCCUUGUCGAACUAGGUCAUAAACUUGAUGGAGAUUUAUCAUUAUUAUUACUUAAUUUAAUUAUACAAUAUCACAAAGUAUAAUUGUAUUGUGAUUUAAAUACUUUGCAUUUGACGACCAUAGUGUUCACUUACUCAGGGUUAAGUCUUCUUCUUUCGUAUGACGAAACAAAAACAACAAAUUGUAGUAAGACUUUUGAGCCUAGAGGAGUUGGAGGGAGAAAACCCAUCCUGACGAAGACUCUUCUAAGCCAACGGUACCAAUCACCGUUCAGUUGGAAUGGUAACUCUGAUAGAUGCUUUAACGCAUACGAAUCGAAUUACAAAACAAUACAAAACAAAAUAAAUUUUGUUUUGUAAACAUAUUUUGUUUUUCAUUAUAUCGAAAACAUGUUUACGAAACAAAAUUUUUUAUUUAUUUUAAUUUCCAUUUGCAAAUCCUAUAUGAAUUCACCAAAAAAUGUGUAAUCUUUAAUCUUUAAACUAAAAUCUACCUUUGAUACAACUCUGUUCAAUAUUACGAAAUUUAUAACAUUGAAUUGACGUACAAAAGUGAAGUGGCAGAAACGUUAGAGGAAGAGUGUGGAAAAGCUGGAAAAAUUUGUAAUAAUUUUGGUGAAUCACUUUCUCUCUGUUGCUAGCACGAGAAAAAUGGUAAAAAUUCCUUUCCUUCAUUUUAUUGCAUUUUGGACAUGAAGAAAAAUGAAAGUAUGUGGAAUGAAGAGAAGAAAAAUAGAAAUAUGUCUUUUUAUUAUUUUUGUAUGAAAGAAAAGCAUGAAAGAAAAGCUAGAGGAAAAAAAAUUACGAUGAUUUUACCUCCCACUUGAAACUUUUUUUUUCGACACAACAUUGUUCCUUCAUCUUUGAGCUAUUUUGCCGAAAUGGGGAUCUUCUUUGUUGAUUUUCUUUUAUUUGUUUUCACCAUCCCCUUCGUCGAAAAAAAAACAUGAAAGUGAAAGAAAUUGUUCGACACACGUGGAUAAAAUGCGAAAACAAAGUCGAAAUAGAGUGUACAUAGAAGUAGAAUUUGGUAUGAAAUUCAAUGGAAAAAAAUUGUAGAAAAUUCUUCAUUUUUCUUUCAAUUCACAGAGAAAAAAAUCAAAUUCUAUGUAUUAGAAAUGUACUAAAAAUUCUAUGUCUCUCUCUCUUUUUCUAAAUUAUUUUUUUGUGCAAAAAAAAGAAGAGAAGAAAACAACAGAGAAAAUAUAUCAAUUAAUAUUUAAAAAAAAAACUAUUGUAUUAAAAGAACAAGGAAGAAAUAAAAUAAAAUUAUAAACGGA